UUUAACCCGUUCGUUCGUGUUAGUGAAGAGGAAGAGAGGAUCAAAGUAUUUUAUCCCUACGCUUGGAGAGAAAAUAUGGCCCCUCAAAACACCAAACCCUAAAACGCGAAAAAGCUUCGAAGAAUUUCCGAAGGGGAGAGAGUAGCGGCGGUGAAUCGGAGAUGGAGAUACACUACAGUAACAGCUACUUCGAGAGGCGCCCCAUCCUCAAGUCCAAGGCUCCCGCAGUUAAAUGGGUCAGAGAAUGGGUUCCCCAGGAUCUUGUAACGACUGGAGGGAAGUGCAUGCUCUUAAAAUGGGUAACAGAGGAUACCUUGAAGACCUUGAAAGAAAAGACAAAAGAGCCAUCAAUGCCUGAGCCAGAACCAGAGCCAACUACUGAAGUACUCUUUCUUUGCAGCUAUGAUGGCUGUGGAAAGACAUUCAUAGAUGCUGGUGCAUUGAGGAAGCACUCUCACAUCCAUGGAGAGAGGCAAUAUGUUUGUCACUAUGAGGGAUGUGGAAAGAAAUUUCUGGACAGUUCAAAGUUGAAAAGACAUUUUCUCAUUCAUACAGGGGAGAGGGACUUUGUGUGUCCUCAUGAAGGCUGUGGUAAGGCCUUCUCCUUGGAUUUCAACUUAAGGUCUCACAUGAAGACACAUUCCCAAGAGAACUAUCAUAUCUGCCCGUACCCAGAUUGUGGAAAGAGAUAUGCUCACGAAUACAAACUUAAGAAUCACAUUUCAUCUCAUCACGAAAAGAAUGCAACUGUGGAUGUGGCAAAGUACACUCCACCUUCAGAGAAGCAAACAAAAACUACAAAACCUUCUGGAGGGGCAUAUGGUUCUGCAUCAUCUGAUCGCCCCUAUACAUGUCCUUAUGACGGGUGUGAAAAGGCAUACAUCCAUGAAUACAAGCUUAGACUCCAUUUGAAGAGGGAACACCCGGGGGAGCUUAUGCCUGAAGAAAAUGCAGAGCAUGCUCAGGCUAAUGCUGAGAAUGAAAUGGAUGAAGCAAGUGACCAAGAUGCCUAUGUUGGGAAACGGUCAAAUGGUAAAGUUCAGAAGCAAAGUAAGCCUAAGCCAAACCUCAAGUUGCCUCCUUCCAAAAUUGCAAAACGCAAAGUUUCCACUCCCUCUUUAACUGUAAAUAAAAGUUCUUGGUCCGUGAAAGAUGAACCUUACGAUGAGGAAGACAGCGAAGAAACAGAAGAGGAUCGUGACAAUGUUGAAGAUGGUUGGAGAUAUGCAGGAGGAAACAAUGAAGAGGAUGAUGAAGAAACAGAAUAUGAAGACUGAAAAUCAGUAUGGUGUCCUCUGCGGAAGUUACUUUUUUUUUUUUUUUUUUUUUAAAGAAAUAUAUUUUAACUACUAAAAAAAUUCAGUUGUCUCUUUCUUAUUUGGCUAGGCAAAUUGCAUCGUCUUUGUCAACUGUGUGUUAGAUGUUACGAGCAUUAGGAAGAAUUUAUAUAAAUAAAAUGUGAUUUAAAAUGCUCUUGGUUCAA